CAUGUCAGCGGUGACGUCACACAUUUACGGAAGUUUGUAUUUCUGCGUCAAAAAUAGCCUUUUGUGUGGAACGGAUGCUUAACUACAAUUCCACUCCUUCGACAGUGGACACAACGUAUGUUUUUCUGCGGACGUCAGAAGUCAAACUUCGAGUUUGAAAUAUUCAUACGUCGGGCGUCAUCGUUUUUUUGCUGUUGUGAGGGGCACCAACCGGUGAGGCGGCAAAUGAGUCAGCAGCUGAUCAACAGAUUUACUUGAACCUAUCAACGUGGACAUGUAACACGCGAGCUGAGGGGGGAAACAACGUCACAUGACGACUGCCUGUUUUUUUUCCUCAAUCAUUUAUUUAUAUAAAGCCUUUUCGAGUUCUCAGAGGACGCAACAAUGGCAGUCCCGGUAGCUGCCACGUUACAUUUGAUUUCUCCAUCAAGCCCAGUUGGUCUCCUGGAGCCCAACAUUGACAUCGGAGGAACAAUAAAGAGCUCCAACAAUAAAGAGGAUGACACUCUGCCAUUACAUUCUGCCUGGACCUUCUGGCUUGACAGAUCUCUACCAGGAACUACAGCAGCUGAAUGCGAGUCUAACCUGAAGAAAAUCUACACAGUGGAGACCGUCCAGAACUUUUGGAGAGUUUACAACAACAUACCCAGUGUUGCUAUCUUGCCACUGAGGAGCAGUUAUCAUCUUAUGAGAGGUGAAAGAAAACCUCUCUGGGAAGAAGAAAGCAAUGCUAAAGGUGGCGUUUGGAGGUUGAAAGUACCAAAAGAGUGCACUUCUGCUGUGUGGAAGGAAUUGCUGCUAGCCACCAUUGGGGAACAGUUCAGUGAUCACUGUGCUGCAGACGAUGAAGUGAUCGGGGUCAGCGUCAGUGUAAGAGACAGAGAAGAUGUCGUUCAGGUCUGGAAUGGAAACGCUUUGCGUGCUGAUGAGUCCAACAUUUUAGGAAGGAUCCACAAGCUCCUUCCACAGACGCAGUUUAAAGCAGUGUUUUACAAACCUCAUAAGGAGCAUCACGCUUUUGAAGGAGGUCGAUCACGACAUUAGCACAUUUUGCACUUUAAAGCACAUCAUGGACUAUAGUAGUCGGGCACAUUUUGAAGCAGUUGAGCUGAUUCUCAUGUCGUCUUAAUGUCAAUGUGGAUUCCUCAUCCAACUUGUUAUUCCUCAUAAUAUCUGAAAUUAUUUUGCAUUUUUUAAAAUGACAUAAUGCAUUACUAAUUUUUUUUAUACUGCAAACUUGUGCAAAAACAACCUAAAUAUUUUACAGUAAAGCUCAGAAAAUAUACCUUUUUAAAAAUCUCACAUUUCUUACCACUUUUUUUAUGUUAAUGCCAAAGUAAAGUUCCUGAUACUGAAUGCAGUCUGGUCAUUUAUCAGAUCAUUGCACUUUUGUUUCUAUCGACUUCUGGUUAAAUGUGUAUUGAGAAAUGUGUUUGUUCUUAUUACAGUGACCCCAGUAAAUAACACUAAAGUAGUUCCUGAGGAAUAUGAUUGUGCAAUCUGUUCUAGUAUGUUGUUUUUGUCUCUGCCCUAAACAAGCACUGUUGUUGUUGUUAUUAGCUGACCCUUUGAAGGGAAAACUAAAACACACUUUAUUUUUUUUUUAUAGUAGCUGAAUCAAUGCAUUGUUUUCAAGGUUGUUUCAAGCAAAUGAGAAACAGUAUAACCUGAAAUGUAGCAUGAGUGCUUCUAAUCUGAAAUUUUGUGACUUUUUAUGACUGAAAAACUUUAGAAUUUGGUUAAUUUCAGAAUCAACGGCCAUCAUACUUAAAGACACUUCUGUUUUGAAAUGAAUAGCGAAUAGAAUAUAGUCACAUCCGCAAGGCUUACAUCUAUGCUUGCACAUAUACAGAUGGCCUUUCACUCUUGCGAUCUCAGACCUUUGUAACUGUUGAUCUUGGAUGGUGCCUUGUGUUUACCAGCAAACAAGAAUGUUAGUAGUCAUACGUUCUUGCAUGUCUGUUUGUUUUAGUUUUGUUUGAAAAAUAAAGCAUGUGGAAAACCUUCCAAAAUGCA